UUUGUGAAGAAACCUGGGUGUUAAUGGUACAGGAUUGGGUACCAUUGUGUGUCUCUGGCUGUCUGUUAGUAAAGCUUAGGAUGCCUGUGGAAAAAAAGUAGGAGAAGGUGAAGAAAUCUGAGAAAUGAGAUACUAGGAAAUAGUUUUAAAUCAGGUCUUAUUUUUAAAGUGAGUGUGUGUUUUGUUAGCAAUUUUUAAAUGUACAUUGUAAAAAUCGUAAUUUUUUAAAAGCUUAACAUUGAGAGUAUAAAGGAGUCUAGCAAAGGAAGGGGCUAUUAAAAAAAAUUAAGGCACAAUCAGAAAGAAAAGCUGGAGAAUUCUCUGACCUUUUGCUCUACAGGUGUAUUUACAGGAGACAGCAAUGGAAACUUGGUCAGUUGAGCAGGUCUGCAGUUGGUUGGUGGAGAAAAAUUUAGGCGAGCUAGUUCAUAGGUUUCAAGAGGAAGAAGUAAGUGGGGCCGCUCUUCUCGCACUUAAUGAUCGGAUGGUUCAGCAACUGGUAAAGAAAAUUGGGCACCAGGCUGUUCUGAUGGAUUUAAUUAAAAAAUACAAGCAGAACACUCAAGGACUGAAGUCCCCAGAAAACCCCAAAGAGGCAGCCCUGGUCAUGCAAACAGAAGCAGCCCGAGAGGAUGAAGAGUCCUCUAGUCCAGCCAGCCAUGGGGAGCGAAUGCCAUCUUUCUAUCCAGCUGAAAACUUUGAUAAUGGACUAAUUGACCAAAGAGUAUUGAAACAGAGAAGAAAUGUGAAACAUAUUCUAGCUAGAAGCAAAGCAUUACAAUGGACGAAGUCCUAUGUUUUACCAGAGUUUCCCUAUGAUGUCAAAUGCAUGUUAGCGGAGCAGAAGUGCCCGGAUCACAGCAUGAGGAUAAGGAUCAUUGAGUUUCUUCAGGCCGACAUGACUAAGUAUCUGGAAGGCUCACUGUACCCCAGCACCCAGCAGUACAAUGACGUAGUUAAUGCCCUGCUGCAGGCCCACCCUUUCCUGGAUGAGGACGGCUGUGGCUUUUUUUUAUGGAAACGAGCCCUCAAAGAUCGCUUUAAAUAUGUUCGAAGACCCAUAGAAGAUGAUGAGCAAGUGAUUAGAAAUAAGUGUAAAUUUGGACACCGAAGAGGCCAGAAAAGGAAAUCUCUUGCUGAUAUAAGAUUUGAUGAAAUUAAACUUGUCCAGAUAAAAGAAGAAGCUGUUUGUUUCGAUUCUGAGCUGGAUGAACAUAUUAAGUGGUUCCAGCAAGAAUAUGUGAAAACAGAAAAGGACUGGAGAGAAAUUGACAAGAGAAUGAGCCAAACUUUGGAAAUAAGAAGAAAGAUGAUUGGCAGCCAAACACCUCUGAAGGACAUUCUUAAACUGUUUCCUUUCUUGAAGUGCCCUUAUCAGAUAUUCAGAGAAUUCCAACUUCUUACAAGAACAGAUAUUUAUAAGAAAACAAGGCACAUUUUGGAAUCCUAUUCAGAAAAUAUACUGACUUCUUUUUCAGUGGUGGACAAUCCAAUCAAUAUUCUAUUGCAAGAAAAAAUGAAACAUUACACAGAUGAAGACAUGUUGAAAUACAUGAAGCUGACAGCCACAUGUUUACUCCUCCCAGAUGUUUUUGGGGAUGAUCCCAGUCUUUUUGUCAUCAUGAAUGAACAGGUGCAAGUAUCCACACCUGUGUUGGAAGUUAAAAACCCUUUCAACAUGGAGGUCUGCGAAUUUUCUUUAUAUUUAGAAAGGGAGAGGCUCACAAAGGUGGACGACUGUGUUACAGCCUUGGCUGCGCUAGUAGCUGCCUUUCAUGUAUUUGGGAUUGAGUGUCCAAGAAGACUGUCCCAAACCUUCAACUUCCUAGAAACGUUGAUUUUUGAUAUGCACAGUCCCUAUUUUCCUUCUUUGAAAGAAAAGGAAAAGGAAGUAGGAUUUCAACUCCCAGUCACUUAAUAGCAUGCCAAACAUUGUACUGGAAUUUACCUCUGGGAAAGCUGAAGCUUCAUAAAAAAUUGUUUUGAUUUAGGGUUGUGGUAGAGGUAGGUAUGAGAAAAAUAAUCUUGUAUCAUAGAUGCUAAUGAAUUUCAAUGCUUUCUGUCUUUACACUUAGAUAUUAAGUUCUUUGUGAAAUUCUGUAAUAAAAUUCUACUUCAUUAAAGAGCUGUCGAUUUA